ACAUUUUGUGCACUUUAACGUCCGAAGCCUACUACCGAAGAUCGAUGAGAUACGCCUGUUGGUUUGCAAAUCAGAGGAUGCCCGGCAUCAGAACAUUCCAGGCAUUCCCGUGAUUGGCAGAUAGCAGGUUGAUUGGCAUGUCGGACCCCGCGAACACUGGGUACUGGUAAUUACAACACAACCACCUACUAGCCUAACACAUAACACACGCUGUCUGUGCGGGUCGCUACAGUAUUUAUGCACUUUUGUAGAUCACUUGCUCUGACCCAAAUUAUAAAAGAUCCCACCAGGGUAUGUGAAACAGUGCAAAGUACAAUUGACUUAAUAUUGGUGUCUGAUACAUCUAAAAUAUCACAGAGUGGAGUAAUAGUCUAUGGAAUCAGUGAUCAUUUUAUUACAUUUUGCACAAGGAGGAUUUUUAAAGUUAUAUUUAAGUGUCACAAAACCGUUAGAACCAGAGGACUCAACAAAAUACUGUAUAGAAAAGUUUAGGGAAGAAGUGGGUAAAAUUGACUGGUCACCUGUGCUAGAUAGUGUAGGGGUAGACAGUGCCUGGGAAGUCUUUAAAUGUAGAUUCCUUGAUGUGGUGAAUGUGAUGGCUCCCAUUAGACGGGUCAGGGUAAAGCAGAGAUCUAGCCCUUGAUUUAAUCAUGAUAUUCUAGAAUCUAUCCAAGCAAGGAAUAAGGCCUUUAAGAAAUGUAAGAACUCUCAAGAGCAGCAUGAUUUUGUCCUAUAUACACAUCACAGAAAUGAAGCACAGAGCAGGAUGGAUGAAGCUAAGAGGGGUUACUUUGCUGAGGAAAUAAUUGAAAACAAAAAUGACCCUAAAAAGCUUUGGAAAUCAUUUAAGGAACUAGGCUGUAGUAGUCCUACCAAAAACAAACUAAACAGUAUUGGACUGAACAUCAAAGGGGAGAUGGUAUAUGAAAAAGCAGAGGUUGCUAAUGAAUUCAACUCUUUUUUUAAAACUUUUGUUGCCAGCAAGCUGGUUAGCAAGCUGUCCUACAGAAGGCCUUUGAUACAGUUAACCACUGUCUCCUAAUCUCCAAACUGGAGGCACUGGGGUUAAGCAGUAUCCCUUUAGGCUGGGUAAAGUCUUAUUUAUCAGGAAGGGAGCAAGUAGUAGAGGUUAAUGGUUCACUGUCUCAGGCAAAACCAAUGAGUUGUGGUGUUCCACAGGGGAGCGUGCUUGGGCCUCUGCUGUUUUUAUUGUAUAUUAAUGAUUUGAAAGAUGCUUGUUCUUGCCGUCUUUUUCUUUAUGCAGAUGACUCUACACUUCUGGUGUCUCACAAAAGUUAAACUAUGUUGGAGAGCAUACUUACUAACAUGUUAGUAAGCACAGAGCUUACUAACAUUAGCAAAUGGCUUGGAGAUAAUAAGCUAUCUCUGCACUUAGGGAAAACUGAAGCAAUUCUUUUUGGAUCCUGACCUAAACUGUGUAGGUCGUCUGAAAUCAGAGUGGAGUUAGGGGGUGAGGUGCUGACUACUAAAACCUCUGUUAGCUACUUGGGAUGUAUCCUUGAUGGAAGCUUGGGAGGUGUGAGCAUGGCCAAUAAGGUGCUAGAGAAGGUUAAUGCCAGGACUAAGUUUUUGGCUAGAAAGUCCAAGCUGUUUGUUAAGGACUCCAUGAAAGUGCUAGCUACUGCCCUCAUUCAAUGCCAUUUUGACUAUGCUAGUACUUCCUGGUUUGGGGGCUUUUCUAAACUCAUGAAGGGGAAGCUCCAGAUAGCCCAGAAUAAGCUGAUCAGGGUAGUAUUGAAGGUGAGUCCACGUACUCACAUAGGCAGGAGCUGCUUUCAGGAACUAAACUGGCUGCCUGUUGAGGCUAAGGUGUCCCAGAUUAGACUAGGUUUGGUUUACAGGAGUAUUUAUGGUCCUGCGCCCAGAUAUCUAAGUGAUUACUUUCCUCGUGUUAGGGAUGCACACAAUCACAGCACCAGCUCAGGUGUUGCUGAUAUGUGCUUAUACAGGUUCAGGAGUAAUGCUGGGAAAGGUACUUUCUUGUAUACUGGAGCCUCAGAAUGGAAUGAGUUACCUCUGCCUAUAAAAACAACGUCCUCUCUGGACAGCUUUAAAAAUAAAGUCAAAAUAUGUUUGAUGUCCUCUGUGCCCAUAUGAAUAACCCCUAUGAUGUAACUGGAAUGAGAUAGAUGUUCUUCUUUUAUGUUUUUGUUUUAAUAUUUCACUGCCAUACUGUGUUCGAUCUUGUCUAGCCAUCUUGUCUCAAGAGGACCACAAUGGAAAUAAGUCCCAGACUUUUUUGUGUGUUAUCCUCAAUGAUUUUAUUCAUGUGCAUGUGUGGCUUUUAAGUUUUAUGUGUGCUUGUUUUUGAAAAUGGUCAAAUGAAUAAACUAAACUUCUCUGGGGUAGGCUAACUCUGAGCUUUCUCAUAUAUCCUGAAUGAAGUGUCUAAUUUGCAGGGCCUCCCGGGUGGCGCAGUGGUCUAGGGCACUGCAUCGCAGUGCUAACUGCGCCACCAGAGUCUCUGGGUUCGCCCCCAGGCUCUGUCGCAGCCGGCCGCGACCGGGAGGUCCGUGGGGCGACGCACAAUUGGGCCAGCGUCGUCCGGGUUGGGGAGGGUUUGGCCGGUAGGGAUUUCCUUGUCUCAUCGCGCUCCAGCGACUCCUGUGGCGGGCUGGGCGCAGUAAGCGCUAACCAAGGGGGGCCAGGUGCACAGUGUUUCCUCCGACACAUUGGUGCGGCUGGCUUCCAGGUUGGAGGCGCGCUGUGUUAAAGAAGCAGUGCGGCUUGGUUGGGUUGUGCUUCGGAGGACGCAUAGAUUUCGACCUUCGUCUCUCCCGAGCCCGUACGGGAGUUGUAGCGAUGAGACAAGAUAGUAAUUACUAGCGAUUGGAUACCACGAAAAUUGGGGAUAAAAAAAAAAAAAAAGAAGUGGCUAAUUUGCGAGUUAAGGACCAUUGAAAUCAGAUCGAUAGGAGUGGGGGAAAAAGGGGCUUGUGUAUUGAUAAGCACAUCAAAGACGUUAACAAUCGAUCAAAUAUGACACUUUUGCCCAUAAGAUGGCUCUAAUUUUGACUAUUUUACAACAUAGCCUGAUGAAAUUUGCAAUAACUUUUCUAGAGUAAAGGCGUCCCCAUACAUAGGUUCAGUUUGCUCCUAGCAGAACUCAGCUAGGUGAUGCAAACUUCUGUGCUCUCACUACCUAAAGACCUUCGCUUGAGAAACUAGAAGAAAGAAGCAAUAUUACUGUUUGUCUCUCUUGAGCCACCGUAGUAACAAUAUAGCCAUAAACACUUCCUCAAAAUAGAUACAACAAGAAAUCUGUAUUGAAUUUUUGAUGUUUUUGCAGAGGAGGUCUUAGUCACGCAAUUACACAUCAGUUUAGUGCAGUACUUCUCAAGUGAAUGAUUGCAAACACUUCGUUGAAGAAUCCCGUCCAUAGUUCCCACCCCUACUGUGAACCAAUCACUGAUGAAGGGGUGUAGACUUCGACUACCAAACUUCGACUUGCCUCAACAAAAAAAUUGGUGUACGCGAACAGCGUUCACCAAAAUGAACAUAAACUUCACAAAAUGUAUAAGCUUAAACUGUUUCGACUGGGAAGCAUGUGACAGCCUUUUACGGAAGGUGGACGAGCAAAAUCCACCAUCGUAGUACGGGUGAAGUCUGAGCUGGAAUGUGAAGCUAACUGAAGCUGGCUAAAUUUAAUAGACCCUGAGUAGAUUUAGCUUGCUUCUUGGUAUACCACUCUGGGAAUACCCUGGACUUACGACAUGGGCUCUAUGCUACAUUAUGGACAGAACUGUUCACUACUCUAUACUAUGGAUGCACAUGACCACUGUCUAUACUGCACUAUACAUGAACACUAACACUGUCUACACUGAUUCCCACAGCAGAUAUUUAUUUUCUGUCAAUGGGGAGCCCACCAUCAUAGCCAAGAUCCACAACAAGAUAUCAGAGAUGGGCCAGAGAACACAUAGGACUGAACUAAACAUCCAGAAAGUCUGACUGCUCUACAACUGUGGCUGUAUGACAUGCCAUACUCUUUUUGACCAGACGGCAUCAGAUUCAUGGCCUACACAUACUAAGACAGAGGAGCGCUGUUUUGUUGUCUCAGAUGCUUUAUCUGAGGUUGAUGUGUCUUUCUGUCAAAAAUGUACAACUGCAGCCCACAUUUCAGGGUGUUCCUGCAUCUGCUACAUUAUGCACAGUACUGUUCACUAUAUACUAUGGAUGCACCUUAACACUGUCUAUACUGCACAAUCUGUUGUUGAGGUUGAAUACUUAACAACAAGUGGUCACACCUGCAUCUGUUCUGGUGACACAGGAGUUUGAAGUGGAGGGAGUACAGGGCUUAGCAAGUCCUUCAAGGAGGCUUGAAUAUUUUCAGAAGGAGUCGGGUAAUUGGUUAAGGGAGGAGGAUUGGAGGGAAAGAGAGAGGAGGUUGAAAAGACUGAGGGAGGCAGAGGAUGGGUUUGUAUCUGUUGAAGAUAGAAAUGGCAAGGGAGAGGGUAUGUCGAGGAAGAUUGGUAUCAAGUUAUAACAGAGUGGGCCGGACACCAGUUUGAGUUCUGGAGGUGAAAUGGAAGGGGUAGAAGGUGUUGUAUGCAGAGGAAGUGUAGAAGGUAGUGGAGGGUGGAUCAAGUAUGAGGGAUUCUGAGAGGAUCCCUGUGAAUAGAAGAUCUUUGCCAGAACAGAGGGAUAGGCCAAUGAGUGAAAAAUGUUUCAGUGAGGUUGGCUUAGCAUGCAUAGCAAUUGUUAUCAGCUGUAACGCAGAGAUGACACGUAAGUCAUAGAAAAUAGAGGUUGUGGUGGCAGCUGCAGAGAUGUACUUGGGGGUACGAGAUUCGAUUUCAGAAGUGUUACAGGGUGUGUUGAGUAGUAGUGUCUCGCCCUCUCGGGUCGUUGGCCUGGGGUAGGAUAAGACAGGGUUAAAGUAGUGGAAUAAGGUGAUGGGUUUUAAUGAGUGUAGGGUUAGUUAGUAGAGUCAUUACAUUUUUCACGUUUCCCCUUUCCCAUGUUGUAUCACAAAGGUAAUGGAUUCAUACUAUAGUUCAGUAGAGGGCGAUAAUGCAACAUAUUGGAUGCCAACCGUCUUUAAACCUCACAGAAGAAGAAGGAGAAGGAGAAGAAGGAGAAUGCACCUGUUCUUUUGUGAUUGCUGCCCUGCCCACUAUUUGACUGGAAGUUGAGCUAUUGCACACAUUUGUUUGUACUGUUUCUUUGGUUGUUUUCUCCCAAAUCUUGGGGGACAAUCGUUGUUGCAACAUGGUUUGGUUUCUGAUUCUCAUCUGGUUUGUCCAAGUGGGCAGUGUUCCGAUCACCAAUUUUACAAAUGCUACUACUUCAAAUGCUACUAUCCCUGCCACAGUGGACAAUUCUAAAAACCUCAUCAACAAUUCUACAAAUGUGACUUUCUCUACCACAGGUUCUACUGCCUCAAUGGGGACACGCCACAGACAAAAUGAUUGGGUUAAAACGCCUGAAACUAGAGAAGAGGACUUACAGUUUGACCUUGCUAUCAUGGAGGGAGACAUUCUGGUUUCGGAAGACCGAUUAGCUGUGAAGUCACUUUGGCCUGAGAAUGAAGGUGUCACUUCUAUCCCCUACAAGAUCAACGAUUAUCUGGUGGACAGAAAGGAAACUAUACUAGCAGCGUUCAAGAUGAUUUCAGACCAGACGUGUAUCUUCUUCCACGAAUACACCAAUGAGAUGAACUACAUCGAGUUCAUCUCUGGGACAGGCUGUGCGUCGUAUGUAGGUUUUCAGGGCGGGGCCCAGUCUCUGUACUUCGGUAGAGCCUGUAACGUGGGGAACCUGUGUCAUGAGCUGAUGCAUGCCCUGGGCCUGCACCAUGAACACACACGGCCAGACCGUGACCAAUACGUCACUAUACAGUGGGACAACGUGGUCCCAGGAAAAGAAGAUAACUUUAAGGUGAAGAAAGGAGACACUCAGGACCUGCCCUAUGACUACGACUCCAUAAUGCACUAUGGAACAUACUACUUCUCAUCAAACCGGAACCCCACUAUUGGCUCCAAGAAGAGUGGAGUCCAGAUUGGACAGAGAAAUCACCUGAGCCCCCUGGACAUAACACGCCUUAACAAACUCUAUCAAUGUGAAUAACAAUGCACAGUUUAGCAUUUAUUACACCAUUGAAGAUUUCAACACUGCUGCUGUCGACUGAAGAUUCCAACACAAAUGGCACUGACAUUUUAACUUCUCAACAAUGAAUAAGUUGAACUAGUCCCUUAAAGCUUUCUGAUGUAUUAUACGUGUGUUCAGCAGCAGGCAGUAGUUUAAUUUGUCCUGUGUGCUCUUGCUGCCUUGAAUUAGGCCUAUUCCACUGCACUUGUCUUGGAAAUAAAUAAAAUGACCUAGACUGAAAAGAA